AUGGAUUAAUUGAUAUUUCCCAGUAGUGGGGAAAAUAAUUUGGACUUUGGAUAAAUAUCUGACAAGAAAUUCGAUGAGGAUUAUUUCCAUUCCUACUCUUACGAUAUUGAUCAAUCUUAUCUCAUGUACGACAAACUAAUGCACUAUUAAGCUCAAAACUUUUUCACAUUUAAAUGCCCUCUACCCUCACUCAUGGACUACUUCAAACUCAACCUCAACUUUACAAUGGCAUACGAGAUUCAAGCUAACCAAUUCUUAAACAUCUUGAGUCCCUUAAAAGGUGACAGUCCUUUGCCGUUGAGCCUAGCUAAGUUAUUCAGUAUUGCGCUCAACCUACCAUUAGCUCUUGGCAGCCCUUAAUACAGCUAGGAUCAUUAAUCAAUGAGAGAUUAGCAGAAUCAAGGUAAUUUUAAGUCUACUAAUAGCUCCAAUAUCUAUAAUCAGUAGAUUGACUACAAAGAUAUUGUAUCACUUAAUAUGCAGCUAAAAAGCAAAUCAAUCAUCAGUCUUCUCUUUAUGAUUUCGGUGUUCAUAGUAAUUCUGAGAUUUACAAAAUUGAGUGAGAAUAUGAAGAAAAAGCUUCCAAAAACUCUGGCUUUGUUUUGGUUUUUCAGUACAAUAUAGCUUUAUCUGGACUUAAACAUUUUUUAAAAUGACAAAAAGCCCUAUGCAAAGUCAUUAUUAAUUGGAAUUUCCCCAAUAGAUCACAGCACAAACUAUAUUCCAGAGUCUAAAAUGGAAAAUUAAAGAAGAAUUGAAUAAGGAUUACCUCCAAAUUAAUUAGCAAAUAGUCAAUAAACAACUGAAAUUGAUGGCAGAUAAUAAGAAUUGGGAGGAAUUGUUUCACAAUCCUUAAUUUAAGUCCAUGGUCUCACUUGGAGAUCAUCGCUUGAAUUUUAUCAUCUAUGUGUGAUUCUCUUCAUUUUAUUCAUGACUUUUGUAAAGCUCAUAAUGCUACAUCAAGGAGUAUUAUUUGUCAGAAUGACCUCUUUUUCAAUAAAUACUCUUGAUAAUCUAGAAAUGUUUACAAAUUCCCCAAGAGUUCUAGCUUUAUUUACUGUUUCAUUUUUGGCCUUCAGCUAAUUCGUGGGCAGAACAAGCACUGACAAGCAGCAGUACUUCUUCUAAAAGAUCAUACCAUUCUUUAUUGUGAUCAUUCACUCAGCAGCCAUGUUACUGAAGAGAAACUUAUUAUUCACUUAUGAUGAUGUAUUCUGCCUAUUUAUAUUUGUUACAUCACUAAGUUUAUACUACACCUAUGAAAGUCCUGAUGCCUUAAAAAAUAACAGGUCAGGAAACCCCUUUUUAUACUAUCAAAGUACCAUAAGUGCUUCCUAGAUCUUAAAACUAAAGAUGCCUUAGGCAACUGAUUUAACUGAUGAGGAAAGAUUAAGACUUCUUCUUAAAAAUACUUCAGCGACCUAAUUACUUUAGGAGCUUGAAGCAUCAAAUGCUUAAUUAGCAAACAAGAUGACCAAGGAAGAGAUCAAAAAGAGAAAAGCUUACAUAGAAGAAGAGCUUAGAAAAAGAAGAGAAGAGCAUGAGGAGUGCUUGAGACAUAAACAAUUAUUAUUGACUUAGAGAAAUAAUGCCAGAUUUAGUGCCUAAUACCCUAUUUAGGAGUCAGAGGAGGAUCAAGAUGUUGAGGAAGCAGGUUAAGAUGAGUUGGACGAAGAUGACUAUGAGUCAUCAGAUAAUAAUCACGACGCUUCUCUUCUGGAGUACAUUAAGAAGACUGUCGAUAAGAAAUAUGAUGCUUUCUAAUAGUUAAGCGAGAGUGGCCAUGAAUUCUAUGGAAUGUCUAAAGAGGAAGCCAGUUAGAAAUUCCAGCAGAUUUUGCUGUAAUAGUUGAAUCAAUAGCUUAAUGAGGAAACCAAAAAAAUCCUUAAUCUUAAAGGUGGCUUAAAUGGUGUUUCAGAACAGGAGCUUGCUUAGAAGUUAGGUUUAUUCUAAGGAAAUAGUACUUAGACCUAAAAUGCAGUUUAGAGAAUUCAGCCUUAGCAGUAGCAGAAUGAUAAGGCUUCAGUCCAAAGUCCAGCCUAGAUUGUGACAAAUCAAGGAGGCUAGGGAUAAUAGCAAAAUAAUGCUAAGCAGACAGCUCACAAAGCUCCUACAAAGGCUCCAUCAGGCAGACCUAAUUAGAGAAAAAGAAGAUGA